AUGGAGCAACAAACGGCAUCCCCGCCGCGUAUGGCAGAGCGUGCCAAAAUUGUGCCCGUGCGAAAUGUAGAUGCAUCUACCGGCUUGGCGGUGCCGACUGUGAAAGAGUGCGUGCCGUCAGUCUCGGUGCGGAAGCGCAAUGGCAAGAGAGCCCAUGUCUCCCGCGCCGCCCAGCUCGAGGCGAAGCUCGAGGACCUCGUCAUGCUGCUCAAACAUCAGACCGCGUCAGCAGACAAAGCGCCGUCUCCAAGUGACAUGAAAGGCAACGUUUCUACCAGCACGCCAGCCCUGAGUGCUCGUUCGACCACCAGCCAGUCCGAGCGGAGCUCGCCUGGGUCGGUCCCCGCCGCCGCUCUGCCUCCUCAGCAGCCCGACCGUGCCCCUGGCAGAGUACUCCCCCGGGCUCCAGUUGGCCCCGGCUCUCUCCUCGGAACCGUUUUCAACCCCUCGACUUCGGCACCAGCGGCGCCCUCGUAUGAGGCAGGGCCCCCAAUGAGAUCAUCGUCCAUACCAUCUUGCUCAUACCAGCCACAACCUCUCGAAGCCGCCGAGGACCUGACGACUUUUCGCAAGUACAUGCUCAUCUUUCUGCCGUUUGUGUACUUGCCCCCAUCCAUGACCUCCGAGAGCUUGAGGGCGAUGUAUCCGUUCCUUUGGUUCUGCAUCAUGACCGUGACAUGCAAGCAUGUUGAUCGGCGUCUCGUCAUGGGCGAGGCGGUCAGAAACUUUCUGGCCCAGAAAUUGGUCAUUGAGAAUGAAAAAAACCUUGACCUGCUCCUUGGCUUGAUUGUCAUCAUGGGCUGGACUCAUUUUUACAUGAAGAGGGACAAGCCCAUGCUCUCAAUGCUGGCUUCUCUCGCAAAGUCCCUCGUCUUUGACCUGGGCCUCAACAAGGUCCCAGCCGAGCCAUACAUCGCCGCCUGCUUGAGGACGCCACUUCAUCCGCCAGCAAAGGAAAAGACACAUGCAGAGCGGCGAGCUGUGCUUGCAUGCUUUCUUCUCACCUCUCAAAUUUCCUAUUCGAUCAAACGACUAGAUGCGCUGAACUGGACAAACCACAUGGAUGAUUGCCUCCAGGUGCUGUCUCAACAGCGAGAGUGGGAAGGCGACAACCUGCUCGUUGCCCAAGUUAAGGUCCAGCUGAUUCUUGAGCAACUGACCCGCGUUACCUCCCAGUCAACAGAUGGGAUACCUCCAGGCUACGUUCUGUCUGCACUUCGGGCACAGGUGCAGACAAUUAGGGCUCAACUUCCACCACAUCUACAACAGAACGACACGAUCCUCAGCCACAUAUCCUACACCGAACUCGCAAUCAACGAGGUUGCCAUGUCCAAGCCAAAAAUGGCUCCCCAUGGGCUUAUGCCCGACAUGCAGCGUCACGAAGCGAUGGAGGCCUGCCUCAGCGCUAUCAAGGACUGGUUCAAUCGGCACUUCUCGAUUCCUAGCUACGUCUACAUUGGAAUGACGUUCAGUUACUGGUGGAACAUGGCCCACUGCCUCCUUGUACUUGCCCGGCUCUCGGUGCUCAACGAUCCGGCCUGGAACUGGCACUCAGUCAGGAACAGGAUUGACAUGUUCGCGAUACUCGACCAACUGAAGGCUGGGUUUGAGGAGGUAGCAGCUCAGCGGCAUCUGGCCACGGGCCCGACCGUUGAGGAGGAUACCUUCUCCAAGUACGUCAAGAUGGUGCAGACAAUGAAGAACAACUGGGCGCCGGACCUCGCUGGUACGGAAGUGUCUUCGAUGCCGAACGCGCCGACGGUAGCAGACGCCUUCAUCGACAAGAGCGCCGAGGCGUUAAAUGUGCCGUUCUUCCAACCGGACGACUCGGAAACGUGGAUUGCCGGCCUCUUCGACAUGAAUUGGGACAUCUAA